CUCCUCCUGCUGCUCCUCAUCCCCUGUCCCCAACCCUCGGUGGCCGCCACCUUCAAGGUGGCCGUGCUGGGUCCCUGGGCCUGCGACCCUUUGCUGGCUCGGGCCUUGCCGGACGUGGCGUCGCGCCUGGCCGUGGCCCGGCUCAACCGCGACGCGGCGCUCUCGGCCGGUUACUGGUGGGACGCCGUGGUGCUGCCCGAGGCCUGCUCCAGGCCCCAGGCCGUGGCCGGCCUGCUCAGCGCCGAGCGUUACGCCAGCGCCAUCGUGGGUCCCCUCAACCCCGCGGCCUGCGGCGCCGCCGGGCUCCUGGCCGCCGCCUGGAACAAGCCCUUGGUGUCGUGGGCGUGCGGCGGCGGCGUCGGGGCCUCCACGUUGGUGAACCCGUUGCCCGCUCCGGCCGCCGUGCUGCACGCCGUGCUCAGGUAUUUCCGCUGGGCCCACGUGGCCGUGGUGGCGGCGCCGCAGGAUCUGUGGGUGGACACAGCGCAGGAGUUGGCCACGGAGCUGAGGGCCAGGGGGCUGCCGGUCACCGUGGUGGCCACGGCCGGAGAGGAGGAGGAGGAGGCGGAGAAGGCGCUGAGGAAGGUGCAGAGGGCGGACGGGGUGAGAGUGGUGGUGAUGUGCAUGCACUCGGUGCUGCUGGGCGGCCGCGAGCAGAGGGUGCUCCUGGAGAAGGCCGAGGACCUGGGCAUGACGGACGGCAGCCUGGUCUUCAUCCCCUACGAUGCGCUCACCUUCGCGCUGCCCUACCGCCGCGUGCCCUACGCCGUGCUGGCCAACAACACCAAGCUGCGCCUGGCCUACGACGCCGUGCUCACCGUCACCGUCGACUCGCCCGACGCCUCCUUCCGCGACGCCCUCGAGGACGCCAAGAAGGCCUACGAGGUGCCGGCCAACCUCGACCCCGCUGAGGUCCACCCCCUCUUCUCCACCAUCUACAACUCCAUCUACUUCCUGGCCACGGCGGUGGAGGCCGCGCGCCGCAGCGGCCGCUGGGUGAUGGGCACCAGCGUGGCCGACCACGCCCGCGACUUCCGGCUCGAGGGCUUCUGCCAAACCUUCACCGUGAACGAGGACGGCGACGUCUCGGUGCCCUACGUGGUGCUGGACACGGACGGCAAAGGCCACCACCUGUGGGCGGUGUACGGGCUGGAGCCGGGCACGCGCGGCCUCAGCUACCGUAGCCACAGCCCCCACUGGCCACACAGCGCCAGCCCGGCCACCGACGCCGGCUGCUGGUUCGAUUCCGGCGCCAUCUGCAACGGAGGUGAGCGGCCGCGGUGGCACCGUGGGGAUGGGCGCCGUAUCCAGCAGGCUCAGCUCAUGAAGGGCCCCAACAAAAUCAUCCUGACCAUGGAAGACCUGACCUUCAUCAACACCCAGAGCAGCAAACAGGGCGUGCGGUACCUGCACCACCGCGACGUGGUGCACGGGCGCCUCAAGUCGCGGAACUGCGUGGUGGACGGGCGCUUCGUGCUCAAGGUCACCGACCACGGCUACAACCAACUGCUGGAGGCCCAGCGCGUGCCGGCCCCGCCCCCGCAGCCCCACGAGCGGCUGUGGACGGCGCCGGAGCUGCUGCGGGACGCGGCCCUGGAGCGGCGCGGCUCCUUCCGGGGGGACGUCUACAGCAUCGGCAUCAUCAUGCAGGAGGUGAUCUGCAGGAGCCCCCCGUACUGCAUGCUGGGGCUGCCCCCCGAAGACCCAUGGCCCCGCUGGCCGCCCAGGUCGGUGGCCGAGGCGCUGAAGAUGGGCACGCCGGUGGAGCCCGAGUACUUUGAGGAGGUGACGCUCUACUUCAGCGACAUCGUGGGCUUCACCACCAUCUCGGCCAUGAGCGAGCCCAUCGAGGUGGUCGACCUCCUCAACGACCUCUACACGCUCUUCGACGCCAUCAUCGGCUCCCACGACGUCUACAAGGUGGAGACCAUCGGCGACGCCUACAUGGUGGCCUCGGGCUUGCCCAAGCGCAACGGCAACCGGCACGCGGGCGAGAUCGCCAACAUGUCGCUGGACAUCCUGAGCUCCGUGGGCACCUUCAAGAUGCGCCACAUGCCCGAGGUGCCCGUGCGCAUCCGCAUCGGCCUGCACUCAGGUACGGCCACGCCCCGCCCUCCUAUUGGCCGGCCCGGACACGCCCGGGCCACGCCCCCCCCGGCCACGCCCAAGAAUUGUCGCCAUGCGUUGGUCAAAGGUCGGCCAACGUUGGCCAACGGUCAAUGGGGGAAGGGAGUAGAGGACACCUAUUGGCUCGUGGGGCGCGAGGGCUUCACCAAACCCAUCCCCACCCCCCCAGACCUCCUGCCGGGCAGCCAAUAUGAUCUCGGCUCUCACAAAGGGGCGGAGCCGUCAGGAGAUGUUUGUCCAAUCAGCGCCCAGGGCGGCCAUCUUGGACCCCCCCAGCGCCAGCCAAUGGCGGCGCAGCUCCGCUCUUAA